AUGGUGGACUUUGUAGUGGUGGACUGCCUAUCAUCAGACAAUAUUAUCCUAGGAAGGACAACAUUGAAUGCCAUGAAAGCAAUCACUUCUACUUACCAUCUCCUGAUGCGUUUCCCAACUGAGUAUGGUUUUUCAGAGGUGAAUGAAGUUAGAGUGACAAGUCCUCCAACAAAAUUACCACGAGUUGAAGAGCCAGUCAUAACCUUUUCUGAAGAAGAUGACAAGGGAAUUCACCAGCCCCAUGAUGACCCUCUGGUAGUUUCCAUGGUCAUCGUUAAUUUCACUGUUCGAAGAAUACUGAUAGACAAUGGUAGCUCGGCUGACAUACUAUUUAUUGGGGUGUACGACAAAUUAAAAAUCGGUCGAGAGAAUCUCCGACCCAUGAAGUCACCACUGGUGGGAUUUUCAGGCGAUAAAGUAUAUCCACUGGGGGCAGUUACCCUUCCAGUCACUGCAGGAGCCAAUCCAAAGCAGGUCACUGUAAUGGUGGACUUUUUAGUGGUGGACUGCCCAUCAUCAUACAAUAUUAUCCUGGGAAGGACAACAUUUAAUGCCAUGAAAGCAAUCACUUCCACUUACCAUCUCCUGAUGCGUUUCCCAACUGAGUAUGAAGAGGUCAUCCUUGGUGAUGGUGAGCCAGAGAAGAAAGUGAGUAUAGAGUCUUUACUCCCCCCGGGUAUCAAAGAUGAACUUACUCAAUUCCUCAGGAAGAAUCGAGACGUAUUUGCAUGGGUGUAUGAAGAUAUGCCGGGUAUAGACCCCACUAACAUGGAGCACUGCCUAAAUGUAAAUCCUAACUUCAAACCUGUCAGACAAAAGAGGAGGACUUUCAUACCAGAAAGGAAUCAGGCUAUAUCAGAAGAGGUGGAAAAGCUCUUAAAAGCUGACUUUAUUCAAGAGGUGUACUAUCCCGACUGGCUGGCAAAUGUGGUCCUAGUGAAGAAGGCAAAUGGAAAGUGGAGGCUAUGUAUGGAUUUCACCGACCUUAACAAAGCUUACCCGAAGGAUAGCUUUCCUCUCCCAAGAAUCGAUAUGCUCGUUGAGGGAAUGGCUGGAUACGAACUACUAAGUUUCAUGGAUGCAUAUUCUGGAUACAACCAGAUAUCUAUGUAA